GUGGUUAGCCAGUGGGUUGCAGAUGUGUGCCUCAGGCAACAGACUGCCUGCCCUGGCCUGCCCAGAAUCAGCACUGUUCCUCCCAUUCCCAUGACAAUGGGGGAAGUUGUUCCUCUUGGAGCUAUUGUUUGGUGGUACAAAAGAGGCCUGGUGCAGUGGGAUGCAAGCAGAGCAUGACAGACAGAUCUAGCAGUGACCCCCACCCUACAGACUGUGACUGCCAGGAAGUAGCCUAGUGGUAGGGUAAGCUGAGGGGAUAUGUUUUGUUGUCCCCACAUUGCACUCCGUCAACAAGCAGCUGUAUGAAUGACACUCGCCAGACAAGGCACUCCCACAGACUGAAACAGACACUGUAACAGACACAGGCGGGACAACACUGCACCAACAUGGGGACGGACAUUCAGAGGCAUAUCUGCUCUCGUGCUCCUUUAAAUGGGUAUAGGUACUUCAUCAACACAGGGUUCGGUUCCACCAUGGAGAACAGCCCUGAAAACGAGUGCUUCCGCUCGAUAAACCACGCCGAGAAGACCUUCAAAAAGAUGGAGACCUUCAUGUACCAGAAGAAACUGUGCGACGUCACUCUGAUCGCCGGGUCCAGAAGAAUACAGGCGCACAGAAUCGUGCUGAGUGUCGUGUCGGACUAUUUCGCCGCCAUGUUCACGAACGACGUCCGGGAGGCAAACAUGGAGGAGAUCAAAAUGAAGGACGUGGACCCUGAUGCAUUGUGGGCAUUGGUGCAGUAUGCAUACACAGGAAAACUGGAACUGAAGGAAGACAACGUGGAGAGUCUGCUGUCCACAGCCAGCAUCCUGCAGCUGUCUGAAGUGGUGGAGGCCUGCUGCGGAUUCCUCAUGAAACAGUUACACCCGUCUAACUGUAUCGGCAUCAGGCAGUUCGCAGAUGCCAACGGCUGCAUGGAUCUGUUAAAAGUGGCACACAAUUUUACCACUGAAAACUUCUGUGAGGUGAUAAAGAACCAGGAGUUCCUGAUGCUGCCGUCAGGAGAGGUCGCGAAGCUGUUCUCCAGCGAUGACCUGAACGUUCCCGGGGAGGAGACCAUCUUCCAGGCACUGCUGCUGUGGGUGAAACACGAGCCUGACUCCAGGAAAAAGGACCUGGCCAGACUGCUGUGUCAUAUCAGACUCCCCCUCCUCACACCACAGUUCCUAGCUGACCACAUAGAGACCAACAUGUUGAUCCAAGAGCAGCCGGAGUGCCAGAAGCUGCUGAUGGAGGCCAUGAAGUACCACCUCCUCCCAGAGAGGAGACCCAUGAUGCAAAGCCCCAGGACCAAGCCCAGGAAGUCCACUGUCGGAUCACUCUUCGCUGUCGGUGGGAUGGACUCAACUAAAGGUGCAACCAGUAUAGAGAAGUAUGACCUUCGCACAAACACCUGGACACAGGUGGCCAGUAUGAACGGACGCAGGCUGCAGUUCGGGGUGGCAGUCUUAGAGGAGAAACUGUACGUAGUCGGAGGCAGAGACGGACUGAAAACUUUAAAUACCACAGAAUGUUACAACCCCAAAACCAAACAGUGGACAUCGAUGCCGCCGAUGUCAACACACAGACAUGGGCUAGGUGUUGCAGUCCUGGAGGGGCCGAUGUAUGCUGUAGGUGGCCAUGAUGGGUGGAGUUACCUGAACACGGUGGAGAGGUGGGACCCUCAGGCUCGGCAGUGGAACUAUGUCGCACCCAUGUCUACACCACGGAGCACGGUGGGGGUGGCAGUACAGGGGGGCAAGUUGUAUGCUGUAGGAGGGAGAGAUGGAAGUUCGUGUCUCAGGUCAGUGGAGUGCUAUGACCCCCACACCAACAAGUGGACCAUGUGUGCACCCAUGUCCAAGAGAAGAGGUGGCGUGGGGGUCACUGUGUGUAACGAAUGUCUGUACGCCAUUGGAGGGCACGACGCUCCGGCGAGUAACAGCGGCUCACGCUUCACGGACUGUGUAGAAAGAUAUGACCCCAAAACUGACACGUGGACCACAGUCGCCCCUCUCAGCGUUCCCAGGGAUGCUGUGGGCGUGUCGUUGCUAGGAGACAGGGUGUAUGCGGUGGGAGGGUACGAUGGGCAGAGUUACCUGAACACGGUGGAGUGUUACGACCCACAGACCAAUGAGUGGACACAGGCGGCGCCCCUCUGCACGGGGAGGGCUGGAGCGUGUUUGGUGCAGUGCAAGAUCACAUGACUAGUCGUGAAGCGAUCAUGUUCGAAGCACAUGAUCAAGAAGAAAUCUCUCAUCGCCUCAAUACUGACCAAUGGGCAGCCAUGCAGCCUCUGACUGUGUCAUAUCUUUACUUUCCAUUGCACCAUACCAUUAAAACAUGAAUGGGGAGAUACAGGUAGUAGCUUCAUGACAUUGGGUGAAAGAUGAUGAGUGGGUUUUUACUGAUGUAAAUAUCAACUGAUGUGUACAGUAUAUGACUUGAGUCUCUUCAACAUCAGGAAAUUGAAAUGGCUGUUGCAAUUGACCAGUCUGUGGUAAGCUGAAGAAAUUUGUACAGUUUGCUUUAGAUGGACACAACUGUGACGGGACUACGUAUACCCCGAAUGAGAAAGGAAUAACCCAACCCUGAGGACAUUCCAAAUAACUAGUUGUCUACAGUCUCUGUAUAUUUUCUCUGUCUAUGUGACCAUUUCCUCGUGAACCAGGUAUGCAGAUGUGAAACUACGCAAGUGUUCUGUAUGUGAUGUGCUCCUCAUUGAACUUGAACUGCAAUAAUAUGUGCCAAAAUCUGAGCCUCUGCCCUAGGCUACACAUGGUUGGAUGAUUUUAAAAGGACAUGUUAAUUUUUCCUACCUGUAAAUCUGAUCUACAUCACCUUACUUGUCUCUGCCUAAAACCUGAGCUAACAUCUCUGGUACUUUACAAUAGUGGUAGGAUGGUUGCCCAAAUCAUAUGUAGUUACGACAUGUUAGUAAUGCGUUUCUGCAGAUGUCACAAUAGGUCAUUUUGCUGCAUCCAUUUAUGAUAGUCAUACAUUUGUAUUUCUCUAGUAGUUAUCCAUACAGCUCUGUUGAUGUCCUACAUGCCCUUGAGAAGUGCACAUGUAUAUCAGAAUGACAACACUUCGCUCUUUAAGCAAUAGCUUUAAAAUGGGAAAAUCUACUGAAAUGCUAACUUUCAAGUGUGAUGACUGUUAUACCUGCUCUGUUCUACACAUUUGUGAAUGGUAACUCUGUAAAGCCCUGUAUGAUAUGCUUCUCAUACAGAAAGAUUUCAUACAGGGAUGUGUAUUACUUGUACAUCAUGUACAGUAGUAGGAGAUAGCACAUUAGAUUGUGGUAAACAUGUAUGUAAACAAAGUGUUGCAUUUGCUUUCAAAUCUAUGGUUCAUGUUUUUGUUAAGAUGAAUGUCUGAAUAAUCAUUCUGGGAAAGCAGCAGGGAAAACUGGCCAUUUUUAUAGCCUACUAUCAACAGCAAGCACAGUGCUGUGAAACUGGUAAUUUCCAUACUGACAUUGCUCAAGAGCUUGAGUUGUAAUAGCUUAGAUUUGACAAGGUUUUCUCCUCUUGUAAGAGAACAGUUAUUCUAGAAGAUGAACGAGUUACAAUUGUAAUCAUUUUUCUCUUUCCAGUUCAAGUAAGAAAUGCCUUGCUCAUGCCAUUUCUGAAUGUAACCAAGACAUUAUCUAACAGUGCAAUGUAUAAGAACUACGUAUAGCAAAAUAAUCUAUCAUAUCAAGAGAAAUAUAUACACACAGCAAAAUGGGGAGGUGUGCUGGGAUUUCAGUUUGUGUUGAAACUUGCACAGUGCCUAACUAAACAAUGUAGUCAGGUACGUGUUGUGUAUAGGUACCCAACUCUGUUAUACAGAGUACUGGUAACGACAUAAAUGCAGCAGAUUCUGAACAAUUGUCAGCUUCUAUUACACGAAAUCCUAACAUUCAAAUCUGUGCUUUGAUAUUUCUGGUGCUGUGAGGAUCCUUUUUAUGGUGGUGUAUAGUACGUGAAACUCCUGUAAGUAGCUUGUUGCCUGUAAUCGUGGCUGGGAUGAUUCAUUGUGUUGUACAGGCCCAUCAAUAUGGUGUAGAAGGUAGACACCACUGCAGCUGGAUAGCACUUUUAGUCGUGAGGCAAAAGCUUGCAAUUGGUACAUAAUAGAAACAGGAGAAUAUUGAGUGUUAACUUAUGAUGCAGUGGAAGAGGAUGUAACAGUGUACAGAUGUCUAAUCGAAAAACAAGAUGCAAAUUUGCACCAUGUCAAGUUGUAUAUGCAAUAUCUGCAAUAUCUCGUCAUAACUUGUAACUAAAGCGAAACUUUUUAAUCACCUUGUUCUUGUUAAUAACUUUUUGUAUACAAUCAAGCUGUGUAUUGUCAGCAUUCAGGACCAUACAAUGGUAUAUUUAUGAACAACAUCAUAUGUGGAAACUGUGUGAUUGUUAUUAAUACAUGACUGUAUAUAUAUAUACAUGUAUAUAUAUGGUGUGAAACUAUAGCAGGAAGAAUAGCAUUUAUACGGGCACUGUUGUGUCGUUGUGAAUUAUGGCAAUUCAGAAGUGACCCUGCAUUUUUAAACAUUAGAUAUGGACAUGUGUGGCUCUCAGUGGAUGAAAGGGCCCAACAUACAGUAGAUUUGUAUUGUGAAGAAGUAGUCUUAACUGGUUAACCUUAACUAUGGGGGUCCCAUUUUCUUUCAUUUUCGCUAACACUGUUUACUUUUUCGCUGGAAAUUUGCAUUGUAACAAAAGCUUUAAUAUGAAUAUGCUGCAAUGCUUUUCAUCUUAUACCACCAAUUGAUAUCCUUAUUCUUUUUACUAAACAAUACCCCAAAGUACGAACCAGUUAAGAUUUAAACUUACUGUAUGUGCUGUUCCUCAACAAAGAGAGCUUAGACAU